AUGACGCAGAUCCCAACCUGGGGGGUCUCCCAACCUGGGGAUGCUGAGGCCAGUGAUGAAUGGUCUCCCACCUUGGAGUUCGAGGUGAUAUUAGAGUCUUCGAGCACGGCGAAUGCCGAGCUGGAUGUCUAUGGCAGAUGCGCACGCGUGAAGAUUGACGACAAGGAUGCAUUUCCAUCCAACGUGGUGGAUGUGCGCAAGCUCUCGAAGAGCUUAUCCUGGGAGCACUUGAGGCAAGCGUUGGAGAAUGCUCCCCUCUUGAUCUUGAUGUCGGAGUACUUGAAGCUCAACUUCCGCAAUGACACGGUCCGACGAGGCACAAUCAAAAUGCUGAUGGCGCUGCAAUGUCAUCACCUCUAUGGAAUCUUGAGGUUGUUUCUCAGCGUGCUGCUGGUAGACAAGGUCUUCAAAGGUGGCGAGGAAUUCCCCUCCGAACCGCCGCAAUCAUUGUCGGACUUUUUGCAUAGCCGCCCCGGCAUGCUGGUCUGCGUGAUGUGUGGGAUGUUAGUGCCUUUUGCGUUUCUCCACUACCUGGACUAUGUUUCUAUGACCUGGAGAGUGGGCGGAGCAUCGCGAGCACAGCUUCUGUCGGCAUUGGUGAGAAGACUGCUGCACUACGAUGUCUCUUCCAGGAUUGACAUCAAGCAAGGUGCCGAAAUCAUGGCUAUGUCCAAGGAUGUGGAAGAUAUUGUCCAGAAUGGCUAUAUGGGAGUUUUGGAGAUCAUCUCUCAUUUGCAAAACCUUGCCACGGUCUUGGCAUACCAAGUGAUUUCCCGGCUGAUUCUCCAAGAGCCCAUCAGCCCUUGGAGCAUUGCACCCUUGGCGGUUCAUCCCAUCUUGCUCGCGCUUUUUGCCGUUUGCCGUCGUUCUGCCACGAUUCACGUCCAACAGGCCGAGAAUGUCGAGCGAGCCUCCCUGGUGAGCCAAAUGCAAAGCGUCACGCUGAACAACACCAUCAUCCGGAAUUUGGGCGGAGUCGCGAAAGCGAUUGAUCAAUUCGAGCGGGGUAUCGCUUCAUUCAAUGCCUCCUGCAUCAACACGAUGCAAGUCAUGAAGAAUAACAUGUAUUUCGCGAAUUGGAUGGGAUUGGUGAUGCUGGCUGCGUACACACUGGUUGGCGGACUGGAAGUUGUGGAUGGCAAGAUGAGGAUGGGUAUUUUUCUGGCAGACAUCACCUUGUUCACACAGAUCAACAUCACCUGGAGCAUGAUUUGCAGUCGUGGUGUCGAGAUCAACAGCAUACUGCCCGGGCUUGAGCGGGUGGUGAUCUUGAUGAACCUUCCAACCGAUUUGCCAGAUCGCCGCAAGCUGCUGAGGCAUCUUGUGUCCGCUUCGCGCGGGAUGCGGAGCAUCAUGGAGACCAACAGCCCUGAAAAGCGGCUGCAUUUGGAUGACUUGCCACUCUUCUUGAAGGGGCCGCUCAUUGAGUUUUCCGUGAAGUCCCAGCAGGGAGAGUUCUUCAUUCGAAAGGUUGCCCUACAGCUGAGUGGGGAGUUGUACAUACAUCAGGGAGAGUUCAUUGCGUUGGUGGGCCUGCAUGGCCACGGAAAAUCCUCCAUCUUGAAGAUGUUUGGUGGAGAGCUACUUCCUGGAGAAGGAAACUUGCCUGGCUUCUUUGUCCCUCCACACCUUCGGGUGUUGCAUGUUGGAACUGAGCCGGGCCUCUUCCAUGGCACGCUGUAUGACAAUCUGAUCUUUGGCGUUGCUGAAGGUGCCCACAGAGAUGAUGCAGACAGGGAGCGCGUGCUGGCCUCAGACAGUACUUGGAAUGUGCUCAUCUUUGAAAUUCUGGCCCUGCUGGAUGUGCCUGACAAGCUUUGUUGGGAUCAGGUUCUAUCUCACACUCAGCAAGCCAAGCUUGGUCUUGCUCGAGCAUUGGUUGCCAAUCCAGACGUCCUUCUUCUCCAUAAGCCAGCAAUGCCAUAUGACGACCGGACCUCUCACAUGGUUCUGGAGGUGAUCAAGAGCCACGUCAAGAAUCAUGGUGUUGGAUACGCCAAAAAGCCGCUGAUGAGGUCGCCACGGACGUGCAUUUUCACGAGCUCCAAACGAUAUGGAUUGCAGCUGGCGGACCGCAUCUACCUUAUUGGACCAACAGGACUGAUUCAAGAGGUCCAAGCAGAAGACGUUACUGAGGGCAUGUUAGCCUAG